GUCCGCACCGCGCCUGAGCCUGUCCUUGUCUGCCUGGAUGCCCGAGUGGCCCUGAGGUGGUUCAUCACCACUCGGUCCUGAGCCCCGAACCUGCGAGCGGAGGCCCCUGGCGGUCGCCGGCCGUCUCCUAGCCCAGCUUAAGACCCCGAAGGCCGCCAGGACAAGGUGCUCAGCUGUUUACUAGCCCAAAAGCUUGGAACAAGUUCUCUGCUCAGUUUCAACACCUGUAAGUUCUGCUUCAUAGACGGUUGUGAAGAUAAAAAUGGAAAAUGAGAUUAUGCCGGACAGAACUUGUGUACAAAAGAUUACCCGCACUUUGACCUGAGCAAGAUUCUGAAAGUUUCAGAAAAACAUUUACUAGUUUGGAGUUUAAAGUAUGUCAUCAUGGCAAAAUUUCGAAGAAGGACCUGCAUCCUUUUGUCACUUUUUAUUCUAUUUAUUUUUUCUCUGAUGAUGGGCUUAAAGAUGCUGUGGCCAAACGCAGCAUCCUUUGGACCUCCUUUUGGACUUGACCUCCUUCCAGAACUUCAUCCACUAAAUGCGCAUUCGGGAAACAAAGCUGACUUCCAAAGGAGUGAUAGAAUCAACAUGGAAACAAAUACCAAGGAUUUAAAAGGCACUGGCAUGACUGUGCUGCCAGCCAAAGCCUCUGAGGUGAACCUGGAAGAACUACCUCCUCUGAAUUACUUUUUACAUGCAUUUUAUUACAGCUGGUAUGGAAAUCCACAGUUUGAUGGUAAAUAUAUACACUGGAAUCAUCCGGUUCUGGAACACUGGGACCCUAGAAUAGCCAAGAACUAUCCACAAGGACAACAUAGUCCUCCAGAUGACAUUGGCUCCAGUUUUUAUCCUGAGUUAGGAAGUUACAGCUCUCGAGAUCCUUCUGUCAUAGAAACUCACAUGAAACAAAUGCGCUCAGCCUCAAUUGGAGUUCUGGCCCUGUCUUGGUACCCACCUGAUUCAAGUGAUGAGAAUGGAGAAGCUACUGAUCACUUGGUUCCAACCAUUUUGGAUAAAGCUCAUAAAUAUAAUCUGAAGGUCACUUUUCACAUAGAGCCAUAUAGCAAUCGAGAUGAUCAAAGCAUGCAUCAAAAUGUCAAGUAUAUUAUAGACAAAUAUGGAAACCACCCAGCCUUUUAUAGAUACAAGACCAGGACUGGGCAUUCUCUGCCCUUGUUUUAUGUCUAUGAUUCUUACAUCACAAAGCCUACAAUAUGGGCCAAUCUUUUAACACCCUCCGGAUCUAAGAGCAUUCGCAGUUCUCCUUAUGAUGGAUUGUUUAUUGCACUUCUAGUAGAAGAAAAGCAUAAAAAUGAUAUUCUUCAGAGUGGUUUUGAUGGUAUUUACACAUAUUUCGCCACAAAUGGCUUUACAUAUGGCUCAUCUCAUCAGAAUUGGAAUAACCUGAAGUCAUUUUGUGAAAAGAACAACUUGAUAUUUAUCCCAAGUGUAGGCCCAGGAUACAUAGAUACGAGCAUCCGACCGUGGAACACUCAGAAUACCCGCAACAGAGUCAAUGGGAAGUAUUAUGAAGUUGCUCUAAGUGCUGCACUCCAGACCCACCCCAGUUUAAUUUCCAUCACCUCUUUCAAUGAGUGGCAUGAAGGAACUCAAAUUGAAAAGGCUGUCCCCAAAAGAACUGCUAACACAGUAUACCUGGAUUACCGGCCUCAUAAGCCAAGUCUUUAUCUAGAACUAACUCGAAAGUGGUCUGAAAAAUUCAGUAAGGAAAGAAUGACGUAUGCAUUGGAUCAACAGCAGCCUGCUUCAUAAUGUAUCCCUUACAGUUUAUCACGUCUACUAGCUUAAGUCAACACGCUGUGUUUUUGUUAUGGAAAGAAAACUCAAAAUCAAUCUGUGUUUGUAAUUAUAACCUUUAUCAGUUAUUUCAUUUUUACUUUUUAAAAGAUUCAUUUUCUUACAAUGGAUAAUACCAUACAGAGAAAACAUCUGACAAGAAAGAUUGUGUCUGUAACAUUCCUGAUGAUAUAGGUUUCUGAAUUUCUAGCUACAUUGAAAUCUUAAUGGGAUGGCCCUUUAGUUUUUUGUUUCACAGUAGAAAAAAAUGAUUAUAUUACCAUCACAAAAAGUAGCUAACAUUCAAGUAAGUCAUAGUUAUAUACUGGGUCCAAAGACAUAGAAGUAUGUACAUGCUAAGGACAUCUGGCAACAAAAGUUCAGGCCUAAAGAUCAGUAAACAGAUGUGCUUCAUUUCUGCUCUCUUCAGGGAAGUUUGUUAAUAAUAUUCAGAUUCUGGCUGGCUUCCCCUGGUGAUCAAACUCACUUCUCAAGUUUCUUGUGAACACAAACUUGUUUAAGUUACAAGCUAUUUUAUUACAUUUCUCUAUUUCUGUUAGCCAUGGUCUAUUCUCAAAUGGCUUUGUGCAGAGCAUCCAUCAGUGUCAUCAUUUGAAGACUUGGGUGCCUGUGGUGCUAAGUGCUUUUCUAUGUUUAAUGCCCUGCCUGGUGUGUCCUGCUGAAUUAAAGACUAGAAACAAUAGGUAGUUUAAUAAAUGUUAAUGACUGGCACAUGCCUUUAAUCCCAGCACUUGGGUGGCAGAGGCAGGUAGAUUUCUGAGUUCGAGGCCAACUUAGUCUAC